UUGGAUUUCGCGAAGGCGUUUGACAGAGUGUCUCACCAUAAACUCAUAACUAAACUCGAAAUAGUUGGAGUUCAUCCCAGAAUUGUUAAGUGGAUAGAAUCUUUUCUUACUGAUAGAGCCUUUAAUGAUUGUACGACGUACCUUGAUAAUGGCGCCGGAGCAGACCUGAUUUAUCUGGAUUUCGCGAAGACGUUUGACAGAGUGUGUUCUGAACUCAUAACUAAACUCGAAAUAGUUGGAGUUCAUCCCAGAAUUGUUAAGUGGAUAGAAUCCUUUCUUACUGAUAGA